CUCCCUCGCUUCCAUAGAAAGAAGACCAAGAUGGCGGCGAAGGUGGCCGUUAGAAGUGGUGCGUGAGGGGGACCGCUUGAAGUGGCUCCCUCCGCUGCCAUUGCGACUUGAAAGGGCGCAGGACCAGCCGGUUGAGGCAACGACCAGGAGCGGGAUCUCUGUCCCCGUGACGCCGCCCCGCUAACCGUCUUUCUGCCCAACCCGCACAUCCUUGCAGCGGCAUUAGGUCGAAGGCAGGUGUUUUUUUCAGUGGUUGAUUAUAUGAAAUGGCAGCAGGAGGUAGUCCUUUUGAAGAAGGAAUGGAUGAUCGUGACUUACCCAGCUGGAGCAAUGAGAGCCUUGAUGAUCGAUUGAAUAACACGGGCUGGGGUAGUCAGCCAAAGAGACCAAACAGAUCUUCAGAAAAAAACAGGAAAAAAGUUCCUGGUGAAAGUGAAACAAGACUUACUAAUGACAUCUCUCCAGAAUCCUCACCAGGAAUUGGACGAAGGAAGUCAAAGACCCCUCAUAGCUUUCCUCACACAAGAUACAUGACUCAAAUGUCUGUCCCUGAGCAGGCAGAACUGGAAAAACUUAAACAAAGAAUAAACUUCAGUGAUUUAGAUCAGAGAAGUAUUGGAAGUGAUUCCCAGGGCAGAGCAACAGCUGCUAACAACAAACGCCAGCUUAAUGAAAACAGAAAGCCAUUCAACUUCCUGUCACUACAGAUUAAUACUAACAAAGGCAAAGAUGCUGCAGCAAGUUCUCAAACACAAGAAACUGGUAGAUCAUCACAGUAUAAAGACUUAUUUACAGCUGCCUUGAGUAAAGAUUUGUUGCAGAAUUCUCCGAUCCCAAUUGGAGAAGAUGGAAGAGGUGAACCCGCAGUGGACAGUAGCCAGAUUGUGAGCAGAUUAGUUCAGAUUCGUGAUUAUAUUGCAAAAGCCAGUUCUAUGCGGGAUGAUCUUGUCGAGAAAAACGAGAGAUCUGCUAAUGUUGAACGCUUAUCACAUCUCAUUGAUCAUCUGAAAGAACAGGAGAAAUCUUACCUGAAAUUUUUGCAGAAGAUGCUAGCUAGAGAAAAUGAGGAGGAGGAUGGUCGGACUAUAGAUUCAGCUGUGGGAUCUGGUUCUGUAGCUGAGAGCACAUCGCUAAACAUAGAUGUGCAGUCUGAAGUUUCAGAUACAACGGAGGUAUCUUUUAGUCUGAGAGCUCGGCCCUGCAUUGAGGACAAACUAGGGAAUUCAGCUUCUCAAGGACAGGUUUCAAACAUGGAUGUAACAGCAAGUCCAAAAGUGAAAAGUGACAGAGCUGCUCUGAAUGGCAGGGAAAUCUGGCCUAGUAGGAUUAAUAGCCAAGAACCUGGAUUGCUCUCAAAGGCUAGAGAUCCUCAGCAAGAGGCUACAGAAGAGCUUGCAAAUCUAAAGAAACAACAUGAUUUAUUGAAAAGGAUGUUACAACAGCAGGAACAGCUGAAAGCUCUUCAGGGGAGGCAAGCUGCUCUGCUUGCGCUACAGCACAAAGCAGAACAAGCUAUUGCGGUCAUGGAUGAUUCUGUUGUAACAGAAACCACAGGGAGCAUUUCAGGAGUGAGUUUAACAUCGGAGCUGAAUGAAGAAUUAAAUGACUUAAUUCAACGUUUUCACAAUCAGCUUCAUGAUUCUCAGGCUCAACCCGUGCCAGAUAAUAGAAGGCAAGCCGAGAGUCUCUCUCUUACCAGAGAGGUUUCUCAGAGCAGGAAUUCUUCCAUGUCUGAGCAUUUGACUGAAGAGAAGGCACAACUCUUUAGUAAGAUGAUGGCAUUGCAGGGUAAAAAGCAAAAAAUGGACAAAUUGCUAGGAGAACUGCAUACACUUCGUGACCAGCAUCUUAACAACUCAUCACUCUUGCCUGCUUCAGGGUCUCCUCAGAGGAGUGUUGAUCAAAGAAGUUCAGCUUCAGUAGCUUCUGCACCUGUAGGUAUAACAACAGCUGCCAAUGAAGAAUCUAACAGCUUAGCAUCAUCUGUUGUUUAUCAUCCGGAUUCUGUAACCUCGCAGAAUGAUAGUGAAGAGGAGGACAACCUAAACCCAACAGAAAAGCUUCAGAAAUUGAAUGAAGUUCGGAAGAGACUGAAUGAAUUGCGUGAAUUAGUACACUACUAUGAACAGACUUCUGAUAUGAUGACAGAUGCUGUGAAUGAAAACACUAAAGAGGAAGAGGAGACGGAAGAUUCAGAGUGUGAUUCUGAGCAUGAGAAUCCACAGCCUGUUACCAAUAUCAGAAAUCCACAGGGCAUCACUAACUGGGGUGAAAUUAAUUGCAACAGCAAUUUGCAGUGUGGAACUAAUAACAGAAAUGGAAGGCAUCUUAAUACAGCUUGUGAAAUAAACAAUCGAUCUGCAAAUGUAAGGAUGCUGAAUAUGCCCUCAGCUUUAGACUGUCAUUAUAAUAGAGAAGAUGGUGUAGAUCUACCAAGAGGUGAGGAUGUUGAUGUUGAUGCUGAAGCUGAUAGAGCCAGUGAAGCUUCCUUAUCCAGUCGCAGAAGCAGUAUAGCCGAUGAGGCUCCUGUAGAUGCAGAGUUUGAGCAGAAGAUUAAUAGACUUAUAGCAGCAAAACAGAAACUUAAGCAGCUGCAGAAUCUUGUUGCUAUGGUACAGGAUGAUGAGGUGGAGCCCGAGGCUGAAGGACGGGAUAACAUGGAUCAGUUCUUUCUUGCUGAAGAAGAAAAAGAACUGCAGCAACCAAACAACAUUCGAACCAGUGCAAACAAGUCACAGAAAGGUGUGGGUCUGAAUGAAAAAGCAAGGGAGAAAUUUUAUGAAGCUAAACUUCAGCAGCAACAGAGAGAACUUAAACAACUCCAAGAAGAAAGGAAGAAACUCAUAAAGAUUCAAGAAAAAAUUCAGGUGUUGCAGAAGGCUUGUCCAGAUCUUCAAUUGUCAUCUAGCCUGGAUAAUUGCCCAGGGAAUACUUCAACACCAGCUGUGAAUGAAAUCAAUACAGUAAGCAAGGCUCUGGUUCAGUCAGAAGAAGCAGCUACAGUGGAUAGUGAGCUUUGGUCUGAAAUGCGUAGGCAUGAGAUUUUAAGAGAAGAAUUGCGGCAGAGAAGAAAACAGCUUGAAGCUUUAAUGGCUGAGCACCAGAGGAGGAGAGAUCUAGCAGAUACCACAUCUGCUGGUGGUGGGUCUGUUAAAAGUGAUGGGUCAGAGACUCAGUGUACUCCCCCUCAACAAAGCAGAACAGAAAAAACAAUGGCAACAUGGGGAGGGUCUACUCAAUGUGCACUCGAUGAAGAUGAUGGUGAUGAAGAUGCAUAUCUUUCUGAUGGGCUUGCUGAAGCAGAAGAGGAGGAAGAGGAAGAACAAGAAUCUAGUUCCAAUGAGUUGUCUGUGUGUCCUAAUAAUGCAGAUCAAAGUUCAUAUUGUGGAAAGGAAGAUAAGGAGAGCUGGAAGAAUCCCCGUCCUCUUUCAACAGAUGGGAACUACCGUCCUCUGGCUAAAGCAAGGCAGCAACAGAACAUCAGUAUGCGGCGGCAAGAAAAUCAUCGCUGGAUGUCUGAACUUUCUUAUGUGGAAGAGAAAGAACAAUGGCAAGAGCAGAUUAACCAGCUCAAGAAACAGCUGGAAUUUAGCGUCAACAUUUGUCAGACUUUAAUGCAGGAUCAACAGACUCUCUCUUGUCUAUUGCAAACUUUGCUUACUAGUCCUUACAGCAUGAUGCCCAGUAAUGUUGCUUCGCCACAAGUACACCUUAUAAUGCAUCAGUUAAACCAAUGCUAUACUCAGUUGACCUGGCAACAAAAUAAUGUUCAAAGGUUGAAGCAAAUGUUGAACGAUCUAAUGCGCCAGCAAGAGCAACAGCAGGCGAAAACACCAAAAAAGGAAAAAGGCAGCAGAGCACCACCACCUCCAUCACCAACUGUGUUUUGUCCAUUCACUUUUCCUUCCCAAACCAUGAACCUGUUCAACAUGCCUGGGCUCACAAAUUUCUCUUCUUUCCCACCAGGCAUCAACUUCAGCUCAAUGUUUCCAUCUGGUUUAGGUGAUUUCACACUUAACUGUAAUGCUCCAAACCGUGAACAACAGCCACCAUUAGAGCAUACCGGGAAGACUGACUGUAUGGCAUUUCCAAAGCCUUUUGAAAGUAAUUCCCCCCAUGGAGCAGAGAAGCCAAGAGGACAGAGGCAGCCUGAAGAAGAAAUGGAGAAUAGAUCACCUUGGUUAAAUGAACACCAGGAAGGAGGAAAAGAGAAACAGUUGUUCCUCAAGACUGGACCAGUGCACAAUACAGCAUGUGGUAAUCACAAAAAUCCACCUGACACCAGCAGGAGAAGAGAAUUUGAUGAGGAAUCUCUGGAGAGUUUUAGUAGCAUGCCUGAUCCAGUGGAUCCAACUACUGUGACUAAAACAUUUAAACCUAGGAAAGCAUCUGCCCAGGCUAGUCUGGCUUCAAAAGACAAAACACCAAAGUCCAAGAAUAAGAGGAGGACUGCUUCUCAAUUUAAAAACCGGCCUAGAACUAAUGGUUUUGAAAGUGCCAGUGUUUCUAGUACAUGUGAGCCUUACAAGAGCAAUAGGAGUAGGCACUCAACACGGAAAGAAGAAGUUGCUCAAGCAAAAGUGUUCAGUAAAAAGAAUCGGGAACAACUAGAAAAAAUAAUUAAGUACAGUAGAUCAUCAGAAAUGUCCUCAGCACAUGCUAGGAGAAUACUGCAGCAGUCUAACAGAAAUGCAUGCAUAGAAGCACCAGAAACGGGCAGUGAUCUUUCUAUGUUUGAAGCUUUGCGAGACACCAUUUAUUCUGAAGUAGCUACUUUGAUAUCUCAAAAUGAAUCUCGCCCUCAUUUUCUCAUUGAGCUUUUUCAUGAGCUCCAGAUGCUAAAUACAGAUUAUUUGAGACAAAGAGCAUUGUAUGCUUUGCAGGAUAUAGUGACCAGACAUGCUUCUGAAGAUAAUGCGAAAGGAGAAUGUCCAAAAGCACUGAGCUCACCAGCAUGGGUAGGAUCGAAUUCAGAACUUACUCCCAGUGAAAGCCUUGCAACUACUGAUGAUGAGACAUUUGAGAAGAACUUUGACCAAGGAGCCUGUAGAGAGAGUGAACAAAAUGAUGCAGACAAUGGCAGUACCAUGUCUACAUCUUCAAAUUUUGAACCCUUUGCUACUGAUGAUCUUGGCAACACUGUGAUUCAUUUAGAUCAGGCCCUGGCUCGGAUGAGAGAAUAUGAACGGAUGAAAAUUGCAGCUGAAAGUAACCUUGAUUCUGAGGAUGGUUGUUGUAGUAAUCUCCAGAGUGUUCCUGCCUCUAAAUUGGAAGGUUCAGAUAUAGCCGAAAGCCAUUGUGCACCACACCCUGCUGAAGCACCUACUGUUCCUUGUCCUCGAAUAGAUACUCAGCAGCUUGACCGGCAAAUUAAAGCCAUUAUGAAAGAGGUUAUCCCUUUCCUGAAGGAACACAUGGAUGAAGUAUGUUCAACUCAGCUCUUGACUUCAGUAAGGCGUAUGGUCUUAACUCUUACUCAACAAAAUGAUGAAAGCAAAGAAUUUGUGAAGAUAUUUCAUAAGCAACUUGGUAGCAUAUUGCAGGAUUCACUGGCAAAAUUUGCUGGUAAGAAAUUGAACGAUUGUGGGGAGGACCUUCUGGUGGAGAUUUCUGAAGUCUUAUUCAAUGAACUAGCCUUCUUUAAACUCAUGCAAGAUUUGGACAACAAUAGCCUUACAAUAAAGCAAAGAAGUAAAAGGAAAAUUGAAACAGAUGGAAUGAUACAAUCUUACACCAAAGAGGCAAAAAGAACACUUGAAGGAGAAGUCUGUUCAUCUACUGAAGAUAUUGAUGAAGACAAAGACAAAGAUGAAACUGAAACUAUUAAGCAGGCUCAUGAAUCUUCAGUAUUCAGCAACAGAGAAGUUCCAAGAAGUACAAGGUCAGAUGCAUCUGACCCGGAAGAAGAAGACAGUGAAAGUUGUCCAGUGUCCAUAAGUUUAUCUAAAGCAGAAACACAGGCUUUAACUAAUUAUGGAAGUGGAGAAGAUGAAAAUGAAGAUGAAGAAAUAGAUGAAUUCGAAGAAGGACCUGUGGAUGUGCAAACAUCCCUCCAAGCAAACAAUGAAACUACAGCUGAAAAUGAACCAGAGCAGGUUUCACAAACCAAAUCUGAGAAUCCAGAUGUUUGUCACACUUUAUCUUCUGAGCAAGAGUCUGUAAAUGAUGUAAAAGUUAAAGGUGAUCAAAAUUUACCUGCUGUGGUGCCUCAGUAUCUUAACAUAAUGGAAGAUAAACAGUCCUUAGCUGUUAGAGUUACUGAGGAUCUGAAUGCCAGUGCUGUAUUAACAAUAGAAGAACCAGACUCUUCAUCAGGAGAAAAUGAAAAUCAGGCUUUAGACACAGUACAUGGAGAAGCCAAAUCUUCAUCAGGAACUCCUGAAAGCUCUGUGGUUGGCAGUCCCGAUACAGAGUCUCCUGUAUUGGUGAAUGAAUAUGAAACUGGUUCUGGAAACAUCAGCCAGAAAUCAGAUGAAGAUGACUUUGUAAAAGUUGAAGACUUGCCCCUUAAACUUACAGUUUAUUCAGAGGAAGAUCUAAUGAAAAAAAUGGUGGCAGAGGCUCAGACCAACAGUAUCACUGAAGAAAUACUAGCUGAUUCAGAAAGUCAUGGUGAAGAAUUAGUAGGAGAUCCUCAAAUGCUGAAGGAACCAGAGACUAUUGGAGCCCAAAGUGCGUGAAAAUGACCUCCAGGCCCUCUUCUUGGUUUCAUUUGUCUUUGAAUAGAAAAACGCUAAACUUCAUGUGUUCUAAUCUGUAUAAAAAUGUAAAUUAGUUUUCCACACACUGCCUUUUAGAAUAGGCGUGCUAACUUUGCUUAUAAAAGUCUAAACAGCUAAAACUGAGCUUUCAGUAUGGCUGCACAGUUCUUUUCUGUCUUGUCUUUUUAUUUGUAUUGUGAUUUUAGCAAUUUUAAAAUGUAGUUUUAAAUAAAGUUUGACUUGUA